GCAGCGAUAUCCACCAGCUCGCCUUGGCCGAGAAGCGGCGGAGCUCUUACAUAACACCUAUGAUGACAAGAUAAGUAAAUGCAGCUUUCUUAACUUCUCGAACAUGUCACUCCAUACUACACCUGCUAAAGGGUAUGAUGAUGCGUUCAAGCGUUGGUUACCUCAUACUCUGCGCAGUUCUUCGCGCCGGCGUAACUCACGCUCAUGCCGAAGCUGCCGAGUCUCAGGAAGCAUUUGUCGGCUGGACCAGAGAAGACCUUGAUGCGAAAUGGGGAACAGACUGGGGAUUCUCCGGCAUCUCAACCUUCGCCCAUCUCCCACACCAUCGCUGCCUACAGUACCCUGAAACGGAGUACGACAUCGGGAUCCUCGGCGCACCGUUUGAUACAGCAGUCAGCUACCGACCAGGUGCACGCUUCGGUCCUCGGGCUAUCCGCGCGGCGUCUGCACGCCAGACUUCAUUUCGAGGCUACAACCCUCGAGCAAGCAUCAAUCCGUACCGAGAAUGGGCCAAGAUUAUCGACUGCGGUGAUAUCCCUGUGACGCCCUUCGACAAUGAGCUGGCAUUGAGGCAGAUGUCGGAGGCAUUCACCAACCUUGCCCAUAGUGUGCCUCCAAAGCAGAGCGUAGACUCUUCGAUUGCUUAUCGCAGAAGGCCAAAAUUAUUAACCUUCGGUGGCGAUCACAGCAUUGCUUUGCCAACUCUGCGAGCGCUGAAUAAAGUCUACGGCAACGUGGCUGUCGUCCAUUUCGACGCUCACCUAGAUACGUGGCACCCAGCAAAGUAUCCGUCUGCUUGGUUCGACGCAAACGAUCCAGCAGAGCAGUCUUUCUUCACGCACGGCACGAUGUUCUGGCUGGCACAUAACGAAAGUCUGCUCCUUGAGAACAAGUCUGUCCAUGCAGGCCUUCGCACACGAUUGACGAAUCUUGGCGAUAAUGAGGAUGAUGACGCGCAAGGCUGGGCACGUAUUGCAUGCGAUGAUAUUGACGAUUUGGGCGUGGCAGGAGUUGCUCGUAAGAUCGUUUCUCACGUCGGCACGGAGACCCCGGUGUAUUUGUCUAUUGAUAUCGAUGUGAUCGAUCCUGGUCUUGCUCCGGGGACGGGUACGCCGGAGCCGGGUGGAUGGACGACAAGAGAGUUGAUCAGAGUGUUGCGAGGCAUCGAAGGGUUGAAUGUUGUUGGAGCAGAUGUUGUAGAAGUCUCACCGGCGUACGACGGCACGGGCGAGGCGACGGCAUUGGCCGCAGCUCAGGUGGCUUUCGAGAUACUGAGUAGCAUGGUCAAGCGCGGUAUGGCGCCCGACGCUGGAACAACCAAGGAUGAGCUGUAAGCGUAUACUGUUAUCUGGGCCAAAGUAGGUCCCGGAAAACCCACAGUGUUGGAGGCAUUCGGCCUGCAUGAAGCGUCGCUAGCUUGUUAGCAUUAUUAAUGCAAAAGUUGCAUGACUGCUUCGAACUCCCAAGCAGAGCGAUUGGUGCGCAUAUACCCAGCAGAUCUGCGCAAUCUACGAGAUAGGGGC